AUGGCGAACGGAAAGCUGCUAUCGAACGGAGCGCUCCUCUUCGACGUGCUCAUCAUUGGAGCGGGUCCAUCUGGUCUUUCGACCGCGACCGGACUCGCUCGCCAGCUGCACACGGCAGUCGUCUUCAACUCCGACGUUUAUCGCAAUGCGAAGACGCAACACAUGCACAAUGUCCUUGGAUGGGACCACCGAAACCCGGCGGAGCUCCGAGCCGCAGCUCGCGCCGACUUGACCAACCGAUACUCGACCAUUCAAUUUCAGAACAGCACCAUUGAUACCAUCAAACAGAUCGAGGCUCAGCAGCUCUUCGAGGCGCAGGACGCCCAAGGCCAGCUCUGGUAUGGCCGCAAGGUCGUGCUUGCGACCGGCGUUCGAGACGUUCCGCUCGACAUUGAAGGAUACUCGGAGUGCUGGGCAAAUGGCAUCUACCAUUGUCUCUUCUGCGACGGCUACGAAGAACGAGGCCAGGAGACCGUCGGUGUCCUCGCUAUGGGGCCUAUCGCGAACCCUCCGCGCGCCCUGCAUUUGGCUCGGAUGGCCCGGCGGCUCUCCGAGUCUGUCACUGUCUAUACGAACGGCAAUGAGCAGUUGGUGAACGAGAUCCAAAAGGCUGCGGAGGCAUCCUCUAAUGCUACCUCGUGGCUGAAAUUUGAUGCACGACCCAUCACACGAUUCGAAAAGGGCGACAUUGCUAAGACCGUUAUUGUUCAUUUUGACGAGACUGACAAGUCGAAAACAGAAGGCUUCCUGGUGUUCAACCCCCAGACAGAGGUGAACGGACCGUUUGUGAAGCAGCUGGCCUUGACCAUGACCGAAGGAGGUGAUAUCCAGACCACACCGCCCUUCCAUGAGACCAGUGUGCCUGGAGUGUUUGCUGUCGGUGAUUGUGCUACUCCGUUAAAGGCCGUUACCCCGGCGGUGGCUAUGGGAUCCCUGGCCGCCGGAGGUCUGGUGGCUCAGCUGCAGGCUCAGCCACUGCCGGACUUUCGUGUCGAUCGGGAACUGUAG